GCCUGAUUUCUGCCAUCAGUAAUAUUUUGGGUGUUUUUGCAUUGCCCUUUUAAGUGAGCACUCCCAAAAUCAUCGUUUUAUGUUUUGUUUUCCUAUCCAAGGAAAGUGAAAAGUAUAUUGCUGACACUUAUCUGAUCACAGUUAUGGUACGCUAUACAAAGUGUUGUCUCCAGGGUGGCAUAUGAGUUUAAUUAAUUAAUAGCAACAACAACAUUGAAAAUGUGAGCUUAGCUACUGCUAACCUAUGACCAGGGUGGGUGCUAUCAUUAGGCCAACUAGGCGGCUGCCUAGGGUGCAGACUUCGGAGGAGUGCAGUACUGACUUUUGAGGGGCAUGUAUAACUGUGCAUGUAUAAGCUACUCUGCUAUUCAAAAAACAAAGUUGUUUAUUACGAGAGUGAGCAUGCACACACAUAGAAUACAAUAAGCAAUGUUAAUAUAUAGCAAGAUUUCAAGAUCCUUCCUUAUUUGAAAGGCAAUAGCAUAGCUGACAAGUUUUCCCUUUUCUUGCGAGGAAGCCUAUUCAGCAUAAGGGAAAAUCCCUUAAAAAAAGGGAUAACUUGGCAGCUAUGCAAUAGGUCAGUGGUAGAGCAUCUGCUUUGCAGGUACUCUGAUUCAGUCACCAACAUCAAAUGUCCAAAAUCCUGGAGAGGCACUGCUAGUGAGUCUUGACUAAGGUUGGGUGACAUUUGGUUUUCAACAUAGUGAUAUAUCACCAGCUAAUCAUCACAAUAUACCAAUAUCUCACGAUGUCUGAAAUAAGGAUGGAACUAUAUAGAGGUAUUGGCUGGCUUCAUAGUUUUCCCCACAUUGUGGUUUUUGCAUAGUGCGCACACAUCAUGAUUCUUGAUACAGUCGUACCUUGGAAGUCAAACGGAAUCCGUUCUGGAAGUCUGUUAGAAGCUCCUGCAGCCAGUCGGAAGCCCUGCCGGACAUUCGGGUUCCAAAGAACGUUAGCAAACCGGAACACUCACUUCUGGGUUUGCGGCGUUCGGGGGCCAAAAUGUCCCAAGUACCAGGGUGUUCGGGAUCCAAGUUACGACUGUAUAUAUUGCCAGGUCAAAACUUCUCAAACCAAUAUCAAAUUAUGGACUUCAAACUGGUUUCCGGCAAUAUAUCACCCAGCCCUAGUGUUGACAGUGAUGAGCUGGAUCAACCAAUGGUCUGACUUGGUGUAAGGCAUGUUCUUUCCCACAGGGGAACAUGUGGUGGGAGAGAGGUGGUUCAGCUUGUGUAGGUUGUGAUGAUUUCCUUGCUUGACCGUCAUACUCUCAUUUUCCACCUAACCUUGAGAAUGUUUGCUUGGGUGUCAAUCCUAACCAUUUCAGGGAAAGCAAAGUACCUUUUAGAACAGUAAGUAACCUUGCUCCUGACUCUCUAAAGAUUGCAUUGUUCUAACCUGGCACAUUGUAAACAAGAUGCCUUUUUUUUUUGCAAUGAUAUGCCAGCCGGAGUUGUGGGUAAAUUAGCAGCUCACAAUCCCAGCUGUGGACAUAGCACGAAGUAGGGCUAAUAGUAUGUAGAUAUAAAAAUUUAGCAAUGGUGUGCAAGAGAACUCCAUUAAUUGCAAGUUGUGCAAAGGUUACCCAGAACAGAUUGUGUCGUUGGGAUUCUGUUAAUGGAUUUUGUUCUUAAAAUUGAAAGGUGCUACUGUUGAGGCUUUCCUGGGCGCCUGUCACCUGCCCUAGGAGGAAGCCCUUUUCCUUAAUUGUGUGGGAGCAGAUUGCAGGAGCUCAGUGGGGAGGAAAGGCACUCCAUUCAUGCUCAGAGGUACUCAUUUAGUCAUACGCGUUUGUGCCUUUUUAAGGAUGCAUAGUCAAAGAUGAGAGAGGGUAACAUUAAAGGAGCAGUGGAGAGAACUGCAAUAUAUAUUUUUCUGUUAAAAGUACUGGUAAGAAAUGUGAGGACUGGCCCUCAAAAAGGCCUAUAAAGAAAGUUGGAAGUGGAGUGCCUAACUGUGCAUUCCAUGCUUGUCUCACAGUUAGACCUGUUUGCCAUGUGGUUAGAGAAGCUCAAGUGCUGGAAGAAAGCCCCAUUGCCUGUAAAUUUAAAGGACCAUGUACAGUAAGUGCAAAACAGGAGCAGAUUGUGUCCGCUUCUAAAAUAACCACUCUGUAGAUGAGCCCUUUUCUUGCUCCACUUCUGUGCUAGUGCAGCAAAUCUUGUCAUGUUUGUUUCAGUCAGCCUGACUCCAGUGCACCUGAUAAUCACAAGCCACAUGGGAGCUUGUUGGUCCCCCCUUGCCAAUUGCUGCUCGUCCAAACAAACGCGCAGCAUCAGCAAUGCGACACAACACACUUGAGCUCUCUAAGCAUAUGUUCUCAUUUUUGUUUUCCAAAGCUGAAGAAGACACAGUGAUAGAAUUACAGAAUUGUAAAGUUGGAAGGGAACCCAAGGCUCAUCAAGUCCACCCCCCUGCAAUGCAGGAAUCUCAACUGAAGCAUCCAUGGCAGAUGGCCAUCCAACCUCUGCUUAGAAAUCUCCAAGAAAUGAGAGUCUGGCACCUUCUGAGGGAGUCAGAAAGUUAUUCUUGAGGUUUAGUCAGAAUCUCCUUUCUUGUAACUUGAAGCCAUUAGUUUGGGUCCUACCCUCCGGAGCAGGAGAAAAUAAGUUUGCUCCAUCUUCCAUGUGGCAGCCCUCUAGAUAUUUGACGAUGGCUAUCAUAUCCCCUCUCAUUCUCCUCUUAUCCAGGCUGGACUCCCACAACCAUUUCCAGAGCCUUCUUGGUCAUAAGAUAUUUUGAACUAGAGGGGAUUCCCUUGUCCAACUUUCCGCAGUCCAACUGGAGCCAACAGUGGAACAAAAGCAAAUGUGUCUGGACCUGGGAAGGCAAAACUGACUCCAUUUGUGAAUUUAAUGUCAAGCUUCACAACCCAGAAACCAGACUUUGCCAGCUGGGUGCCUUCCCAUUGUUUUGGACUACAUAUCCCAUAUAUAACCCAACACGUGCUAGCUAGGGCUGAUGGGAGUUGUAGUCCAAAACAUCUUGAGGGCACUUACUGGCAAAGACUGCCCUAAGCCAUACAUUGACAUGCACAUUAAAGUACAGAUUUGCAUCGGGGUUAAUACAGAUCGGAUUUGUAUAUAUCAAAUUAUAAAACUGGCCAAUAGUCAAGAGCAGCCAGUUCAUACUCUCCUACAGCAGAGGAAAUCUUGAGGUUGGAAACUCUUGCCGAUCAACUGCAAAUCACCCCAGUGUCUCCCCAUCUCUUCCUUAGAGGAAGCUGAGCGUGAGUUGGGCUUAUCAGGUAACAGGGAACAAGUGUAAAUAUUUCAUUUUGCUUGGUCUUGAGAUUACAACAUGAAGCAAGAUAACAGGUAGAACUUAGAAUAGAAUCUAGGUUUCCUGCUUCUCAGUAGAUUUCAACCUCUGAGGCCUGGAUUUCAACCUUGGGAGGCCCUGCUCAAUGUUACAAUUAGGCUGAACAAAAUCCGUAUCGAAGGAUAGCAUCCAGAGAUUCAGAACCAGUUGCAGCACAGCACUGCAAGGUUCUCUGUGAAGAAGGGAGCAUGAUCACCUUCAUGAACAACUCAGACAGUGAGGAGGAACCCUGCAACGAGAGAACAUCCUUGAUGUCGGCUGAGAGCCCCCUUCUGCCUUCUUACCAAGAUGACACACAAGCACCGGAAUCAGGAGAGACACUCCCGCACAGGAAAGGGCGCCCUGGCAGCAGCGGGAGCUCCAACAAAACUGCGGAUGGAAACGCGGCCGACACGGAAAGAAUAGCCAGAGUGCUCGCUGCCGUGGAUAGUGAGGAGGAAGAGCUGACCUUGAAAUACGGAGCGAAGCAUGUGAUCAUGCUCUUUGUGCCUGUCACGUUGUGCAUGGUUGUGGUUGUUGCAACCAUAAAGUCGGUGCGGUUUUACACCGAGAAGAAUGGACAGCUGAUUUAUACCCCAUUUACGGAAGACACGCCCAACGUGGGCCAGCGUCUCUUGAACUCUGUGCUGAAUACCAUAAUCAUGAUCAGUGUCAUAGUAGUAAUGACGAUCUUCUUGGUUCUAUUAUACAAGUACCGUUGUUACAAGUUCAUUCAUGGCUGGCUCAUUCUCUCAUCUCUGAUGCUGCUGUUCCUCUUCACCUACAUCUACCUUGGUGAAGUGCUAAAGACCUACAAUGUGGCCAUGGAUUAUCCCACUCUGUUCUUCUUCAUUUGGAAUUUUGGAGCCGUUGGGAUGAUUUGCAUCCACUGGAAGGGGCCCUUGCACCUCCAGCAAGCCUAUCUCAUAAUGAUCAGUGCCUUGAUGGCUUUAGUCUUCAUUAAGUAUCUGCCUGAGUGGUCAGCCUGGGUCAUUCUGGGAGGCAUAUCGGUUUACGACUUGGUGGCUGUCUUAUGCCCAAAGGGGCCGCUCAGGAUGUUAGUGGAAACAGCGCAAGAGAGAAAUGAGCCCAUAUUUCCGGCACUUAUUUAUUCGUCUACUAUGAUGUGGACUGUGGGAAUGGCAAAACAAGACAUUGCACGAAGGAGGUCUUCUGAAGCGACACGGAAUCAAGCAGAAGGAGCACGGAACCAUGAUGACGGUUCUUACCCUGAGCCAGCCGAUACUGACAUGAGGAAUUCAAGAACAGACCAUCCGAUCGAUCCUCCCUUAGAGGAGGAGGAAAGAGGCGUCAAAUUGGGCCUUGGGGACUUCAUAUUCUACAGUGUACUUGUGGGCAAAGCAGCCGCCACUGCUAGCGGUGACUGGAAUACAACUCUGGCUUGUUUCGUAGCCAUCCUGAUAGGCCUGUGUUUAACUCUUUUGCUGCUGGCAGUAUUCAAGAAAGCGUUACCUGCCCUCCCCAUCUCCAUCACCUUUGGCUUGAUCUUCUACUUCUCAACAGAUUACCUUGUGCAGCCUUUCAUGGACACCCUUGCAGCCCAUCAGCUAUAUAUUUGAAAAAAGCAAACCAACUAGUGGUGAUCUCCUCUGGAGUCUUUUGCUGUGCAACAGGACAUUUUCCGAUAGAUAUGGUUUUUACACUUAGUGCCAUAUAUUUUUCAGGAAUCCCAGUAAUACACAUGUGGGAGUCUCUCCUGAGACUCAGUAGCCCAGGGCCUUUGAUUUCUGAUGUGAACAAUUUGACUGGGAGCAGGACACGCACAGCCUGAUCCUAUCUGUGUUUACUACUGAUCUCAGUUGGACUUGCUCCCAAGUCAGCUUGCAUAGCAUUGCGAUAACCCUGAGACGCCUGGCCUCCUGCUUUAGUUUAGCGUGUAAAUGAAUGUGAAAAUGCAUUGGUUAUAUUAGCCCAAGGUGAAACAAAAUUCCUCUCCCAGGAGGUGAGCAGAUGAUGAAUGUGUGAGAUUCCAGUUUGCCAGAGAUGUUGCAAUCGUAGCGAAGAAUAAUCAUGGUUUUGACGUACUGCUGCGCCAGCAUGCUUCCACUGGCGUAACAGGGCUUCUGUUUCCUCUCUUCCCACCAGGUAUCUCCAAAAUCUGCGCCAGCCCCCCACAGCUGAUUUUGAGGGUGAGCAGGGGGUGGUCUGGAUGGAAGUUCAGUUUCAUGUGCUGCAGUCCCCAUGCCCCUACAGAGCUGCAAUAGUACAGUAUGCUUUAAAAAAAAUACUAUAAAGCAAUAGAAUAAAUGAGAUUUUUUUCUGAAAGGGUAUUAGAUAUGUUAGCCCACGGUGAGAAAAAUAAUUCCUCGGCUGGGAGGUGAGUAGCUGGCAAAUUUAAGAUUCCUGCUUACACUACAAAUUUGCAAAAAAUGAGUAAUUAUAAUGGUGGUGGUUGUGCAGUCUGUGAAAAUGCUCCUUUAAAAUAGGCAUACAGCUAAAGUGCAGGGGUUGUGUGGAGGCAGAGCUGCACAUGACUAAUAUGUAGCAGGUUUCCAAAUCUCUUGUUUUUUCUUUAAUUGCAGCCGUGGGGGGUUGGAGGCCCAACUGGAAUUGCGAGAGAGGGGGGUGGGGAGGGAAGGUUUAUCCUUUCCGCCCCCGGCCAUGAUCAUGACAAAAUUCAAGGGCUCCAUGCGGCUAUAAGGGUUAAGAAAAUAAUCCCAUUGGCACCAAUGGGACCUCCUCUUCCUCCUCCUUCCUGCUAACCCUCCCAGCCGUGCCAGGGGUAUUUCAUGGAUUUGUUAGCAAAAAUGUAUGUGCCGCUGGAUUGUAAUAAAACCUUUGAGUGGUUUACAAGAAAUAUUAAGGUGAUCAGUGAAAAGCAUUUAGUAAUAAUUAAAACGAACCGUAAAGAGAGAUUAAAACGAACCGUAAAGAGAAAUUAAAACAAAUCAACACCUACAUGUGUAGAUAGACUUGCCCAAACGAAAAAGUUUUAAGCGUGAAAAAGUGUGCAGCAAAUGCACCCGCCUGAUGUCAACAGGCAGGGAGUUCCAAAGUUGUUGUGUGAUACUCAAAUAGCAGUUUUUUUACAGUUGUGAUGCCUGUAACAGUGCAGAGUCCAUAGACUGAAGUGGUCGAAUGGGCACCUACAGGGUGAAGUGAUCGCAUGAGUAAACUGGCCCCAAGCCAUUAAGGGCUUCAUAUACAAGUAGUUAAACCUUGAACUCGGCCUGGUGAAAAGGCCCUCCCCAGCAAUGACUUUUUCAGGAAAGUCAUUGCUGGGGAGGAAAAGGAGAAAUCUAAUAGCCCCGCUUCUCAUGCUACCACCCCAAUAAUUGUUGGGACUCCCGCACACCUGUCGCUAAAGAAAAGCCAGGGACUCCAUUCAAUGUGUGGUUUAGCCGCAGGAAUGAAGCCAGAGUGCAUGCAGGGCUUCUUCAGCUUUGCCACCAAAGCCCUUCCAAGGGAAGGAAGCAAGUGGAUCUUAAUAGAUAACGACCUGCUUGCUUGCAUGGGAGUUUCCACACACCCCUGCGGGACACAGCAAGAAGUGCAGGAAGCAAGAAGCACAAUGGAUGCUUGGCCUGUCUUGCCCUCUUCUCAACUGAGCUGCCUGGGGAAAUUGGUGCUGGUUGGGAUGGGGCUACCACCCAGAUGUGCUGAGCACGUAAGUGUGGUGACACACACACACACACACACACACACACACACACACACACAAUCAAAAUCUUUGUAAGACCCAAUGGUUUUUGUAGCACUGAUCAAUGUGAGCAAGCGGAUCAAAAAUAAAAAUUGAGCUGUAGGGCCUUCAGUGGCAAUAGGGAGCCCGUGGCCCUCCAAAUAUUGUUGGGAUGCCAGCUCCCAUCAUUCCUAACCGUUGGCCAAGCUGGCUGGGACGCAUGGGAACUGGGAGUCCAUUCAAUAUCUGGAGGGGACCACCAGUACAGCAUACUUUUAGAUCCUCUAGCAGAGGACCCAACUUUAAGUGGAGGCUAGUUGUAAAGAAUGGGGUUAGUUACCCUGUUGCCUCCCUCAUACGUGAAUUGACAAUCAGGCCCAAAAGCAGCCCACAUACAGCCUCUUGCUUUGCACUGUUCAGGAAUGAUUUGGGGAGAAGCCAUUGAUUGAGGCCAGGCAAACUUCUUUCGGCUGUGUGGGGUGUGUGUUAAAUGACUAACUUGGAAAUGCUAUGAAAAUAUUUAAUGUAAGAGUGAACUAUUUGAGGAAUAAUGUUUGUACCAAAACACGGGGAUGAGAUUUUAAUCUGGUGUGCACAUUAAUCUAAAUGAGAAACAGUUGGUGCUCAAAAUAUUCCAGACUUUUGCCCCGCAAAUACUUUACUUCUGAUUUCGACUUCCUCCCAGGGACAUGGGUUGUUUUAAGGUUUUGGUUUUUAUUUUAAAUCUGAUCUGCUUUGCUUCCAAAUAUCCUCUUCUAAGAACAACGCUAAUUAUGUGAUUUAUCUGCCUAAGCAAAAGAAAUAGUCUAAUGAAGCAAAAUGGACUGAGAAGGGUCGGGGGGGGGGGAAUCCAAUGUAAGAGACAUUGAAGUGCAGCAGCUCCCAUUGAUUUCGAUUUUGGAUGCUUGGUGAAUUGGAUUUGUGUGGAUUCAAUCUAAACUGAUCUGAACCUUCCUUUGGAAUUUAGAAUGUGAUUUAUUCUUUUCAGAUUUUUGCAAAGCAGUUCAUAGCUCAAGAAGCUUACCAAAAUGUGUUUUUUAAAAACUGUAUUUUAGGAUGAAAUGCAUACAUUUGGGCAGAAUAUGUGUACGCUUGCUCUUUUAUGAGUAUGUGUUCAAUUCAGUGUUGAUUUUUCUUUAGACAUCUAAAUGAUAAUUUGUAAAGGUGUACAUUAAUGCAGAAAUGGGGCUGAACAGACUUCGGAAUGAAUAUGUGUAAAAGUGACACAGACUGUUCAUCCCUAAGCUUCAGUGGGCUUGAGCAACAGGAUUGCUUUAUAGAUUGUGCCUGAAGUCUCCUUCUGCUUGUUGUUGUUUAGUCGUUUAGUCGUGUCCGACUCUUCGUGACCCCAUGGACCAUAGCACGCCAGGCACUCCUGUCUUGCACUGCCUCCCGCAGUUUGGUCAAACUCAUGUUCGUAGCUUCGAGAACACUGUCCAACCAUCUUGUCCUCUGUCGUCCCCUUCUCCUAGUGCCCUCAAUCUUUCCCAACAUCAGGGUCUUUUCCAAGGAUUCUUCUCUUCUCAUGAGGUGGCCAAAGUAUUGGAGCCUCAGCUUCACGAUCUGUCCUUCCAGGGAGCACUCAGGGCUGAUUUCCUUAAGAAUGGAUAGGUUUGAUCUUCUAGCAGUCCAUGGGACUCUCAAGAGUCUCCUCCAGCACCAUAAUUCAAAAGCAUCAAUUCUUCGACGAUCAGCCUUCUUUAUGGUCCAGCUCUCACUUCCAUACAUCACUACUGGGAAAACCAUAGCUUUAACUAUACGGACCUUUGUCGGCAAAGUGAUGUCUCUGCUUUUUAAGAUGCUGUCUAGGUUUGUCAUUGCUUUUCUCCCAAGAAGCAGGCGUCUUUUAAUUUCGUGACUGCUGUCACCAUCUGCAGUGAUCAAGGAGCCCAAGAAAGU